AUGGGGUUCACGAACCUCCAAGCCAUCUUAGAUUACUUGAACCCAUCAGUUUCAGCAGGUAAAGCCAAUAUUACCCACACAACGGUUCGAGGAAAGAUCGUCGCCGCGUUGGAGCUACACAAACAGUCAGUGAUACACGUCUGCUUGCUCAUAUGGCGAGCGUCCAAGAGGAGAUGGAAGCUAGUUGGGGAUAAGUUCGACUCGGAAGCUGGAACAAGGGAGAUAGGUGGGCGAGGCCUUUGGGAAAAUAUUCUCUGCAGAGUACGGCGCUUUGCCAAUCCACCCAAUCCACAACAGCUUCCAGUGGAUCCACUAUGUUGA